UUAAUGCACACAGGUCUUCCAUAAUGCCUUGUUUUCUGCUUGUUUGGGUCCGUGGAUGACAGGCUUGCCCUCCCUCUCUUGUCCACGCAGUCCACAGAGAGAGAGAAGCAGGACUGCAGUAGGACUAUACUCCACGGCACCGACGCUUCCACGAAGCAUUUGAACUAUGCGAGUUGAUGUGAAUCCUGCUAUGGAGGACCCGUUCAGUCAAAAUGACCGCGAGCACUGAAAAUGUCACGAACUUGUGGAAAAAUGAGUCCACGCAACAGGACGGGAUUCCUAUCUUCAACUUCAACGACACCUCCGGAGGGAACCGGACAGUGCCCGGCGAAGUGGCGCUCAGUCGGGCUAUCCCGCUCGGGUUGGUGCUCGGGGCUUUCAUUGUGUUCGCCAUCGUGGGGAACAUCCUGGUCAUCCUCUCCGUGGUGUGCAACAGGCACCUGCGCACGCCGACUAACUACUUCAUUAUCAACUUGGCUAUCGCGGACCUCCUGUUGGGGACCACUGUGCUUCCGGUGUCGGCCACCCAGGAGAUCCUGGACUACUGGGUGUUCGGGAGGAUAUUUUGCGACAUCUGGGCUGCAGUGGACGUGCUGUGCUGCACAGCGUCCAUUAUGAGCCUGUGCGUCAUUUCCAUCGACCGGUACAUCGGCGUGAGUCACCCGCUGCAGUACCCGGGUAUCGUGACUGAAAAGCGGGCGCUUCUUGCCAUGCUCGGGGUGUGGGUGCUCUCCGUGGUUAUUUCCAUAGGACCGCUGCUCGGGUGGAAGCAGCCGCCGUCGCCGGACGACACGGUGUGCCUCAUCACCGAGGAACCCUUUUACGCGCUCUUCUCCUCCCUGGGUUCCUUCUACAUUCCUCUGGUGGUGAUUCUCGCUAUGUACUUCCGGGUGUACAUAGUAGCCAAAAGGACCACCAAGAACCUGGAAGCAGGUGUGAUGCGUGAGAGGAUGAACUCCAGCGAGCUGACACUGAGGAUCCAUAAGGGUUGCCAGGUGCACGAUGAGACCCCCGGUUGCGGCGCAGGCAAGGGGCGAGGGCACCAAGCCAGGAGCUCCCUCACGGUGAAACUGCUCAAGUUCUCCCGGGAGAAGAAGGCAGCGAAAACUUUGGGAGUUGUGGUGGGCAUGUUUACACUUUGCUGGCUGCCAUUUUUCCUCGCCUUGCCCAUAGGCUCUUUUAAUGUGAACCUGCGCCCGCCCGAGCCCCUUUUCAAGGUGAUUUUCUGGCUGGGUUACUUCAACAGCUGCCUGAAUCCCAUCAUCUAUCCUUGCUACAACCGCGAGUUCAAGCACGCCUUCAUUCGCAUCCUGCGGUGCCAGUGUCACCAACGUAAACGCCCCGGGUGGAGAGCAUAUAAUUACCGUUCAUCUACAUUCAGCUCCUCUGGACACUCACGGAAAGGCUCCAGCGACCAUACCCCCGGGGGCUGCUUGAACGGCAGUCAGCGUACUCUACCGUCUUCAGCAAGUCCGAGUCCGAGCUACCUGAGCAAGGGUCUGUCACCACCGUCCCCUGAAGGGGUGGCGCAGUACACGUGGACUCCGGCGGCCUCGACGCCAAAUAUUCUGCCCGGGAGCCCCGCGGACUGCCAUCGGGGAUGCCUGAUCGUAGAUGUUAAAGGGGGCAACAAAGCAGAACAGGAAAUGACUGACAGAGUUUUUACUUUCUCUUUUGGGAGGUUUGGGAAGGAAAAAGAAAAGGCAGAGGUUGAAAAAACUUUCACGGAACCAUCUUACCAUGUGUGAGUGAAUCCGCUGCAUAUGAUGAGUAUUUAUGAAGCAUAAAAAAACUACUGUAUAUGUUAGGGAAGGUGAAAACAGACAAGUUAAUAAACACAAUAAAAUCUGUGAACUGACUGAUGUAAAAUGUGGAAACGUAUUUCAUUUCAGUUUCUUGUAAUGUUGUGAAAAUAAAAUACAACCUGGUUUGUUUUAACUGUGUACGCUAGAGUCCCAAUUUGCAGGCAUUUACUGGAGUGU